CUUUGCCCUUUUUCUCUCGUUCCCUCUUCUUCUUCUUCUUCUUCUUCUUCUUUCCUUACUACCGCUCCAAAAAACAGAUCCCGCACUUUUUCCACAUGCCCACACAUCUCAAGCUGAACAUGUGCCCCAUUCAAAACGACAAAAAGUGCUGCUCCAGCCCCAUAUACAAGAUUGUCAAUGCCCGACUGUUGAUGAACCAUGAGAUCGUGGAGGGCUCUUAUCUGUGGUUCCAGAACGGCAAGAUCAUCAACCCACAGAACCUGUUCUUUGACCAUCUGCGAGAGGCUGACAAGAUCAUCGAUGCCAAGGGCAUGCUUGUUGUUCCCGGCUUUAUUGAUACCCAAAUCAACGGUGCCUAUGGCAUUGACUUUGCCGACCAUGAGGGAUCCGAUGAAAAGAUCCAAGCUGAUGUCGACACCGUUGCCAAGGGACUGCUGCAGUAUGGAUGCACUUCUUUCUGUCCUACGGUUGUGAGCUCUGAACCAGCAGUGUAUCAAAAGGUAUUGCCCCACUUGAAUGCCCGCAAGGGUUCAGCUGCUGGCGGGGCGGAAAUUCUCGGCGCCCAUGUGGAAGGACCCUUCAUUUCCGUCGAAAAAAAGGGUGCGCACAAGCAGGCCGUUUUCCGAACCGCUGAAAACGGCAUCGAGGACUUUGACGACGCCUAUGGCUCUGAGCUCAAGAAGGGCAGCGAGGCAGUCAGUAUCAUGACGCUCGCUCCUGAGCUGAGUGGUGUUGCUGAUGCCAUCCCUGACCUCGUUGCCCGUGGUGUCAAGGUGGCGCUGGGUCACACCGCCUGCAAGAUCGCCGAGGCUGAACGAGCCGUUGUCCAAGGUGCAACCAGCAUUACCCAUCUGUUCAAUGCCAUGCAAGCUUUUCACCAUCGUGACCCUGGGUUAAUCGGUGUGCUGGGUGCAGCUGACCUUCCCAUUCCUGAAUCAUCCAAAGGCCAUCCCGAGCCCUCUGACACUUCCCCUUGCCGUACCAAGCCUGAUCCUCGUCCAUUCUACGGUAUCAUUUGUGAUGGUGUCCAUGUCCAUCCCAACUCCGUCCGUAUUGCCUACUAUUCGCAUCCGACCGGAGCUGUCUUGGUUACUGAUGCUCUAUCAGCCAUGGGUCUACCUGCUGGCACGUACUCCCUUGGUGGUCGUGAUGUUGCUGUCGAUCACAAUGGUGCUGCCUACAUCAAGGGCACGAGCACAUUGGCAGGAAGCACUGUAACGAUCGAUGAAUGCAUCCGAAAGUUCCAAAAGUUCACAAACUGUACUGUAAUAGAAGCCGUCGAGGCUGCCACAUUGCAUCCUGCAGAGCUGCUUGGCAUUUCUGACCGAAAAGGUACUCUGAACGUUGGUGCUGACGCAGACUUUGUGUUCCUUGACGAUUCUACUGGCGAAGUGCAGGUCAAGCGCGUGUUUGUUGCAGGUGAUGAAGUCGACUUAUCCACCAAAUGAAUAAUAUAGAAAACCCCACCAUCAUGAUUACAUUAUGCCCCCCCCCCACACACACACACAUUCACACUACGCCACAUCACGGUUAUCCGGUCUCGUACUCUUCCCUAAUUAUUCCAAAUGAUGUACACUGUCAAUAAUAUACACGCACGCCACUCACAAGCAAGAUCUGUACUGUCAGCAACUCCCUUCCCUUCAUACACUUCAUACACACAUAAAGAUCACAAAAAAGA